AUGGGAGACAAUAUACCGGGAGGAAUAGUAGCUGCUGCAAAGAACCGUCUGCAGGUGGUGAAGGGCUUGGAGGAUGUGGAGGUGUCUGAGUGUGAGAGCUGCUCCUUUGAAGUGACCCUCAACCUGGCCUAUAUUGAGGGUCUGUGGACCAGAGAUGGGUUACCGAUCAAGUCCAAGCCCACCUGUCGCAUCAGCACGCAUGGGAAGAAACACUCGCUCCUACUGAACAGGGUGGCUUUGGGAGACGCAGGCCUGUUCUCUUUUCAGGCCAACGGCGUUCAGACCUCCGGCCAACUCAGUGUCACAGCUAGGGACAUCCACAUAGUGAAGGAGCUGGAGGAUGUUGACACGAUGGAGCGUCAACCCGUGAACUUCCUGUGUGAGGUCAACCAGGUGGAUUUGGAUGGUCGGUGGUACAGAGAUGACUGCCGCAUUCGACCUGGAGACAAUAUCAAGAUCAGACAACAGGGUAAAACUCACAGCCUGUUCUUCAAGUCAGUCAGACCAGAGCAUGCUGGAGAGAUCAGAUUCACUGCAGAGCGUGUCUCAUCCUACGCAACUCUCACAGUGAAAGAGCUCCCGGUACAAAUAGUGCGUCAUCUAAGGGUCAAGAUAGCUAUGUAUCACCACCGGGGUCUACUGGAGUGCCAGGUGUCCCGCCCUAAUGCUCAGGUCAAGUGGUACAAGAACAGGAGGGAGCUCCAGCCCAGUAAGAAGUACCAACUGAUCAGCCAAGAUGUCUACAGGCAGCUGACUAUCGAUAACGUCUGCUCUUCAGACGAAGACACCUACACCUGUGAUGCAGGAGAUGACAACACCUCUUGUCAGCUUCUGGUGGAGGAGCAGGCUAUCAGAAUAGUGCGAGGGAUGAGCUCAAUGGAGGUGACGGAGCCAGAGCCAGCGCUGUUCCAGGUGGAGACCAGCCUGAAAUCAGGGAGGCCUCCUCGGUGGACCCUGAACGGUGAGGUCCUGGAGCCUUGUGCAGCGGUGGACAUCAACAGGGAGGGAACCCUCCACAGCCUCUGUGUCACCUCCACAGACAGCUCCAUGUCUGGACCCGUGGUCUUUAUAGCGGGCAAAAGUCGUUCCACUGCUCAGCUUACUGUCAAAGAGCGACCUCUUCAGGUUGCCCGCCCCUUGGACGAUGUUCAGGCGAAGGAGAACAGCUCUGUGACUCUGAGCUGUGCGUUUGCCCCAUCUCCCCGGAUGGUGCGGUGGUUUAAAGGUCGUACGGCUCUGAAGACCUCCAACAAGUACAGCAUGAAAAGGGAGGGGAAACGAGCACAGCUGACCAUUCAUGGCUUGACAGGGAUGGAUGCAGGGCAGUACCGCUGCAUGGCUGGGGGUUCACAGAGCACAGCACAUGUUAAGGUAGAAGUGCGAACGCUGAAAUUGGUUAAAAACCUUGAGCCAAAGGAAGUAGAGGAGGACAGCCUUGCCACAUUUUCAUGUGAGCUCAACUAUGUGGUUGCCAACGUGGAGUGGCUGCUCAACAAUGUUCGCCUCUAUUGCAACGCCCUCUACAGGAUCCAGCACAUGGGCACGAUGCACAGCCUCACAUUCAAGAAGCUGCGGCCACAGCAGAGCAGGGUCACCUUCAAAACAGGACUUCUCUCUGAGACAACCACUUUAAAUGUCAAAGAGCGCCCAGCGGUGUUCCUGAGGUCUCUGGAGGAUGCGGUAGGAGAAGAGCAAGGGGAUGUCUGCCUGCAGUGUGAAAUUUCCAAGGAGACGGUGACCCCUGUAUGGAGGAAGGAUGGUAUGGUCCUGACCGCUGAUGAUAAACAUGAGUUACUCCAGUUUGGGAAGUCCAUGGCACUGAUCGUCCAUUCCCUGAGCAAGGACGACGCUGGACAGUACACCUGUGACCUGGGCACCAGCCAGACGAAGGCCAAAGUUACUGUACAUGACUUACACAUCACUAUUGUUCAACGUAUGAAGACAACAUCUGUUCUGGAAGGCGAAAGCUGCACUUUUGAUUGUCAGCUCUCUCAUGACGUCGACGAUGAGCCUUCUUGGAUCAUCAAUGGCCAGGCGGUGGUCUCCAAUAGCCGUAUCCAGGUGAUCAACAAUGGCCGUAGCUAUAAGAUGACCAUCAGAGAUGUUGUACUGACCGAUGCUGGAGACGUGGUCUUCACGAUUAAAGACCUAAGCUGUAGGACCAUGCUCUUUGUUAAAGAGAAGCAAGUGCACAUCUUCAGGGAGCUAUUGAAUGUCAAGGCCGUCCCAGGCGAGGACGCGGAGCUGAGCUGUGAGAUCACCAAACCGGAAGUCACCAUUCGUUGGCUGAAAAAUGGCCACUUGAUCAGGCAGAGCCCCAAGUAUGAGAUGAGUGUGGAGAAGAACCUGGCCCGAUUGGUCAUCAAAAACACCACCAUCAGAGACUCUGGAGAUUACUGCUGUGAGGCCGAUGGCAUUGCCUCACAUGCCAAGCUCGAUAUCAGAGAACUCCAGCACACAUUUGCCAUCGAGUUAAGGGACACACGAGCAGAGGAAAAGGGUAAAGUGACCCUGGAAUGUGAGACCAGGCGUCCAGCCAAGCGGGUGACCUGGCUGAAGGGCAUGGUGGAGCUGAGGUCCGGUAGGAAGUAUGUCAUCAGGCAGAAGGGCGUGGUGCUGUCCCUGACCAUCACCUGUCUGGACAAUUCGGACACAGAUGUUUACACGUGCAAUGUCGGUACCAUGCAGAGCCGAGCCCAGCUGACUGUGCAUGGUGAGAAGGUGUUGAUCCUGGAUGAAUUAGAGGAUGUUGAAUGUUUAGAAGGCGACACUGUCACAUUCAGGUGUCGAAUUUGUCCCAGUGACUACAUCGGGGUCAAGUGGUAUCUGGACGAGACUCUGCUGUACACCAAUGAGCUUAAUGAGAUCCAGAUGGUACCCGGAGGCUACCACACCCUCACAUUUAGACAGCUUGCUCGCAAAGACACCGGCACCAUCUCGUUUGCAGCAGGGGACAAAAGAUCGUAUGCCUCACUGUUGGUUAGAGAGAGGCGUCCUACCAUCAUUAAAGCACUGGAAGACUGUGAGGCUUUUGAAGGAGGUGGUUUGGUUUUGUCUUGUGUGGCCUCCAAGCCAUGCCACACCCUGUGGUACAAAGAUGGCUGCCUGAUGUGGAACUCAUCAAGGUAUUUUGCCAGUCGUUCCGGCUGCGAGGCCCGGCUGACAAUUCGGGAGGUCUGUAACAACGAUGCCGGAGUGUACGAGUGCAGUGCUGGAUCUGUUACAACUAGGGCCGUUGUAACUGUCAAAGCCAUCCCAGCAGAGUUCACCGAGUCUUUAAAGUCUUUGGAGGCCAAAGAGGGGGAGACCGUGACCCUGACCUGUGAAUACUCCCUACCUGGGGUCCAGGUCCACUGGAGGAGAGGUUUUGAAAGUAUCAGGUCUGGAGACAAGUACCUGAUGAAACAGAGGAAGACGAUCAAUUCCCUGACCAUAAAAGCCCUGAAGCCUGAGGACUCAGGAGAAUACACAUCUAUUCCCAUCACAUUCAUACAGCAAUUAAAGAACAUGCAAGCAGAGGAGGGAAGCAAUGUCCAACUGCGCUGUGAGCUGUCUAAACCUGGAAUACCAGUGGAGUGGAGUAAGGGACAUGAGCUGCUGAAGAAUGGAGUUAAAUACCAGAUAAGGAAAAGGGAGACCACCCUUGAGCUUCUGAUCUGGAAGCCGGUUCCUGAGGACAGUGGGGUCUACAGCUGCCAGUGUGCUGAUCAGGUGACAUCUGCCACUGUGAAAAUCACUGCUCUCCCAGUAACCUUCAAGCAGAAGUUGAGGAACGUGCUGAUUGAGGAGGGAAACACUGCGGCUCUACGCUGUGAGCUGUCAAAGCCUGGUCACACCGUGGAGUGGAGGAUGAGCGGGAACGAACUCAUCAAGAGCGGAGAGAAAUAUCAAAUGAGGCAGAGGGACAUGCUAAUUGAACUGAGGAUCUUUGAUGUUACACCUGAGGACAGUGACAUCUACACAUGCAUCUGUGGAAGCAUAGAGACCACUGCAACGCUGACUGUUAACGCUCUUCCCAUCACCUUCAAGCAAAAGCUGAAGAACUUACAAGUGGAGGAAGGACACAGCAUCGAACUGUAUUGUGAGAUCUCUAAAGCGGGAGUACCAGUGGAGUGGAGGCUUGGGGGAGAUCUGCUGGAGAACGGAGAGAAGUACCAGAUUAAGCAGAGAGGCUCGGCCCUUGAGUUGAUCAUCAGAGAUGCUGAUCCAGAGGACAGCGGGGUCUACACCUGCGUGUGUAGAGAGCAGAGGACAAAGGCCACCGUUAAAGUUAUUGCUGUUCCCGCCACAUUUAAAGUAGGUCUGAAGAGCCAGGAGGCUGAAGAAGGGAACAGUUUGACUUUACGCUGUGAACUGUCUAAAAAGGGAGUCCCGGUGCAGUGGCAGAGAGACACUCAGAUGGUAUCUGAGCAGUUAUAUCGGGGGAAGUAUCAGACACAGCAAGAAGGAAAGACAGCGCAGAUGACCAUUCUCAACGUCCAACCAGAAGAUGCAGGGAAGUACAGCUGCAUCACAGGAGAUCAGAAAACUGCAGCUGAAGUCAAAGUGAAACCACUCCCCGUGACUUUCAAACGAGAGCUCCAGCGCCUGGUGGUGAAGGAAGGGGAGAGUGGAGUUUUCUGCUGUGAGCUCUCCAAACCCGGAGCUCCAGUGGAGUGGAAGAAAGGCAGAGCGAUCCUUAAGCCUGGAGACAAAUAUGAGAUGAAGCAGGAGGGACCUUUCACUAAACUGAUCAUCAACAACGUAGAGGAGAGCGAUGCUGGCAAAUAUAUCUGCAAGACUAAAGACAGCCAAUCGACAGCUGAGCUCACUGUCCAAGAUUUACCACCGAGUUUUAAAAUGCCACUAGUCAACCAGGAGGUGACGGAGGGCAACAGUUUGGUUCUGCGCUGUGAGCUCAACAAACCUGCCCCUUCAGUGGAGUGGAGGAGAGGAGGAGAACUGCUGAAAAACGGAGACAAAUACCAGAUGAGGAAGAAGGAUCUGCAGGUGGAGAUGAAGAUUACGGACCUCAGUCUGGAUGACACUGGAGAUUACACCUGUAUAUGUGGAGAAAAAAGUACAAAAGCUAGGAUCGUUGUGAAUGAGCGGCCCAUCAGAUUCCUUCAAGAACUGAGGAAUAUUCAGGUGCAGGAAGGCAAUGGAGUGACACUGUGCUGUGAGCUCUCCAAACCCGGCACUCCAGUGCAGUGGAAGAAGGGAGACAACGUGUUGACCAACGGAGAGAAAUACCAGAUGAAGCAGAGCGGCUCCAACUUGGAGCUCCUCAUCAGAAAAAGCCAGCCCGAGGACAGCGGCACAUACAUCUGUGUUUGUGAUGACAUAAAAACUACGGCCACUGUCAUCAUCACUGCGAUCCCGGUAACCUUCAAGCAAAAGUUAAAGAACCAGGAAGCCGUUGAGGAGGGCAGCGUGACACUACGCUGUGAGCUUUCUAAACCAGGAGUCCCAGUAGAGUGGAGGAAAGACGCUCAACUUCUGAAGGAGGGAGAAAAAUAUCAGAUGAAACAGGAGGGCAGGAUGGCUGAGUUGCUGAUCAGAAAUUUGACUCUAGCAGAUUUGGGGGAGUACAGCUGUUUUGUUGGCACUGUUGUGACCUCAGCUGACAUCAAAGUUAGAGCAAUUCCUGUAACAUUUAAACAAGAGCUGGAGGAUUUGGAGGUGAAGGAAGGGGACAGUGGAGUUUUCUGCUGUGAGCUCUCCAAACCUGGAGCACCAGUGGACUGGAGGAAAGGCAGAGUCAUCCUAAAACCUGGAUACAAAUAUGAGAUGAAACAGGAGGGACGUCUCACUAAACUGAUCAUCAACAACAUGGAGGAGAGCGAUGCUGGGAAAUACACCUGCAAGACUAAGGACACCCAAUCAACUGCUGAGCUCACCGUCAAAGCUCCUCCCAUCACAUUCAAGACAAAGUUAAAGAACCAGCAGGUGGAGGAGGAGAACAGCGUGACGUUGAACUGUGAGCUGUCAAAGCCCGGCCUUGCUGUGGAGUGGAGGAAAGGACAAGAGCAGCUGAAGAAUAAUUUUAAGUACCAGAUAAAAAAUCGGAACAGCAGCAUGGAGCUGACCAUCAAAAACACGCAGCUGGAAGACAGUGGACUAUAUAGCUGUUUCUGCGGAGACGUCAAGACCACAGCCAACAUCACCAUUACACCCAUCCCCCUCACCUUUAAAAUGGGUCUAAAGAACCAGGAGGCCCCCGAAGGAGGCAACGUGUCCCUUCGCUGUGAGCUGUCCAGGGCCGGGGUGCCUGUGCAGUGGUGGAAGGCGGAGGACCAGCUCCAUCAUGGGGGCAGAUAUCAGAUGACGCUGAAGGGGAAGACAGCUGAGAUGCACAUCAAAAACGUCCAGCCCGAGGAUGUCGGGGAGUACAGCUGUGUCUUGGGAGAACAGAAGACAACGGCUGAAGUCAACGUGAGAGCGGCGGCAUCAGUGUUCUUUGAAAAGGAACUGGAGAGCCAAGCGGUGAUGGAGGGUAAAUCUGUGCUGCUGUCUUGUGAAGUUUCCAGUGCUAAUGUCCCUGUCACUUGGAAGAAGGACAACACGGCAGUGGAAGAAGGGGGGCGAUACAUUUUAAAGAAAAAAGGCCCCACACACACACUAGAGAUCAAGAAACUUCAACUGGAGGAUGCUGGAGAGUACUGCUGUAUCACCAGAGGCAAGAAGACCACUGCCAAGCUGAUCGUGAGGGAGCGUGUGCGGAUUGUCACAGAGCUGCAAGGUAUAACAGUGACGGCGGGUGAGGACGCGGUCUUUGUGUGUGAGCUGAGCCAUGCGGACGUGUGUGAGGGUGUCUGGUGGCUCGGCUCCAGCCCUCUGCAGAAGAACGAGAUGAACCAGAUGACGUGGCAGGGUCGCCAGCACCGACUGGUCCUCACCAUGACAACCCCCGAAGAGACGGGCAUUGUGGCAUUUGUGGUUGGGGAGGAGAGGACCUCUGCACGAUUGCUGGUUGUCCCUAAGGCCAAAGUUUUAUUUGAGGAGAAGCCUAAAGACGUCGUGAUCAUGGAAGGAGAGACGGCCACUUUGUCCUGCACAACCUCUGAUUUCACCUCGCUGGUUACGUGGAGGCGCAACCACAUCCCCCUUCAAAACGGUGAUAGAUAUGAGAUACGCAAGGAGGGAAAAGUCAACCUAUUGCUAAUCCGUGAUGUGGAUCCCCUGGAUACUGGCACAUACACCUGUGAUACAGGAGAUGUGCAGAGUAAUGCCAAACUUACUGUAACAGAGCUCCCACCAUUCUUCCAAGAAGAACUGCAAAAUGUGGAAGUUGAGGAGGGAGGUUCAGCCUCUCUGUACUGUGAGCUGUCCAAACUUGGAGUGCCGAUUCAAUGGAUGAAGAACAGGCUGCCAAUAAGAGCCAGCAGAAAGUACGAGAUCAGGCAGGAUGGCUGCCUCCUCCAGUUAAACAUCAAGGAGCUUAAACUUGAGGACAGCUGCAAUUACACAUGUCAAGCAGGAAGUGCAGAGACCACUGCUACUGUGACAGUGAAAGAGCUCCCUCCAUUCUUCAAGAGAGAAUUAAGAAGUGUAGAGGCUGAAGAGGGAGGUACAGCCUCUCUGUGCUGUGAGCUGUCUAAAGCUGGAGUGUCGGUACAAUGGAAGAAGAACAGGCUGCCACUGAGAGCCAGGGGGAAGUAUGAGAUGAAACAGGAUGGCUGCCUCCUGCAGCUCCACAUCAAUGAUCUCAAACCCGAGGACAGUGGCAGCUACACGUGUCAAGCAGAGAGUGCUGAGACCACUGCUACUGUGUCGGUGAAAGAGCUCCCAGCAUUUUUCAAAGAAGGAUUGCAGAAUGUGAAGGCUAAAGAGGGAGGUACAGCCUCCCUGUGUUGUGAGCUGUCGAAGCCGGGCGUACCAGUACAAUGGAAGAAGAACAAGCUGCCACUGAGAGCCGGUAGGAAGUAUGAGAUGAAGCAAGAUGACUGCCUCCUUCAGCUGCACAUCAAGGAUCUCAAACCUGAAGACAGUGGAAGCUACUCAUGUCAAGCACAAAGUGCAGAAACAACUGCUACUGUGUCUGUAAAAGAACUCCCCCCAUUUUUCAAAGAAGAAUUGCAGAACAUGAAGGUGGAGGAGGGAGGUGCAGCCUCUCUGUGCUGUGAGCUGUCUAAAGAUGGAGUGUUGGUACAGUGGAAGAAGAACAAGCUGCCACUGAGAGCCGGCAGGAAGUAUGAGAUGAUAGAAGAUGGCUGCCUCCUCCAGCUCCACAUCAAGGAUCUCAAACCUGAGGACAGCGGCAGCUACACAUGUCAAGCAGAAAGUGCUGAGACCACUGCUACUGUGACAGUGAAAGAGCUCCCUGCAUUCUUUAAGAAAGACUUGGUAGGUGUGGAGGCUGAGGAGGGAGGUGCAGCCUCUCUGUGCUGUGAGGUGUCAAAGCCUCAAGUAUCAGCGCAAUGGAGGAAGAACAAGCUGCCACUGAGAGCCAGCAGGAAGUAUGAGAUGAAGCAGGAUGGCUGCCUCCUCCAGCUGCACAUCAAGGAUCUCAAACCUGAGGACAGCGGCAGCUACACAUGUCAAGCAGAAAGUGCAGAGACCACUUCAACGUUGACAGUGAAAGAGCUUAUACCAUUCUUCAAAAAAGAAUUACAAAGUGCGGAGGCUGAAGAGGGAGGUAAAGCCUCUCUGUGCUGUGAGCUGUCCAAAGCUGGAGUGUCAGUACAAUGGAAGAAGAACAAGCUGCCACUGAGAGCGAACAGAAAGUAUGAGAUGAAACAGGAUGGCUGUCUCCUGCAGCUCCACAUCAAGGAUCUCAAACCUGAGGACAGCGGCAGCUACACAUGUCAAGCAGAGAGUGCAGAGACAACUGCUACUGUGACAGUGAAAGAGCUCCCACCAUUCUUCAAGAAAGACUUACUAAAUGUAAAGGCUGAAGAGGGAGGUGCAGCCUCUCUGUGCUGCGAGCUGUCUAAAGCUGGAGUGUCGGUACAAUGGAGGAAGGACAAGCUGCCACUGAGAGCGAACAGAAAGUAUGACAUGAAGCAAGAUGGCUGCCUCCUCCAGUUCCACAUCAAGGAUCUCAAACCUGAAGACAGUGGCCGCUACACUUGUCAAGCAGGAAGUGCAGAGACCACUGCUACUGUGACAGUGAACGAGCUCCCAAUAUUCUUCAAGGAAGACUUAGAAAGUGUGGAGGCUGUAGAGGGAGGUAGAGCCUCUCUAUACUGUGAACUGUCUAAGCCUGGAGAGUCAGUGCAAUGGAGCAAAAACAGGAUCCCACUAAGAGCCAGCAGGAAGUAUGAGAUGAAGCAGGAUGGUUGCAUCCAUCAGCUGCACAUCAAGGAUCUCAAACCUGAAGACAGUGGCAGCUACACGUGUCUAGCAGGAAAUGCUGAGACCACUGCUACUGUGACAGUGAAAGAGCUCCCACCAUUCUUCAAGAAAGACUUACUAAAUGUAAAGGCUGAAGAGGGAGGUGCAGCCUCUCUGUGCUGUGAGCUGUCUAAAGCUGGAGUGUCAGUACAAUGGAAGAAGGACAAGCUGCCACUGAGAGCGAACAGGAAGUAUGACAUGAAGCAAGAUGGCUGCCUCCUCCAGCUGCAUAUAAAGGAGCUCAAACCUGAAGACAGCGGCAGAUACACAUGUCAAGCAGGAAAUGCAGAGACCACUGCUACUGUGACAGUGAACGAGCUCCCACCAUUCUUCAAGGAAGACUUAGAAAGUGUGGCGGCUGUAGAGGGAGGUACAGCCUCUCUGUACUGUGAGCUGUCUAAGCCUGGAGAGUCAGUGCAAUGGAGCAAAAACAGGAUCCCACUAAGAGCCAGCAGGAAGUACGAGAUGAAGCAGGAUGGCUGCCUCCAUCAGCUGCACAUCAAGGAUCUCAAACUUGAGGACAGUGACAGCUACACGUGUCAAGCAGGAAGUGCAGAGACCACUGCUACUGUAUUGGUGAAAGAUGAAACUUUCUCAGAGGCUUUGACUGAGAUACCCUGGAACCACAGCAAUGUCCAGCCCCCUGUCACUUCUGUUGAGGAGUUGUCCCAACCCGCUAAUCUUCCUCCAAUUAUUGACCCCCAGAAGGUACAACCUCAAAAUGAAGCUACACAGGAGAUUGACAUCAGCGUUGAGGAUGAACCAGAAAUGCAAGAGGCUGCAGUCAAGAUCCAGGCUGCCUUCAAAGGCUACAAAACCCGCAAAGACAUGCGACCUGUCUUUAAAGAGGUGUUUAAAAACCAGAGUGCAGAUCUUCAUGGUACGGUCACUCUAGUGUGUGUUGUAGAGGGAAAACCCAGCACAGCACGCUGGCUGAGAAACGGCCAACAAAUCAUUAAUGACUUGCGAUGCUGCAUUAAGACUACAGAGAACGGUGUGUGCACACUGGUGAUCAAAAACCUGACUCCCAUUGACAGUGGAAUCUACACAUGUGAGGUGGUGAAUAAGUUUGGUAUGACCUCCUACAAUGGAAACAUAACAGUAGUAGAGCCUCAGAAGCCCAUCCCGAUAGUCCAGAAGCCUCUACACCCACCGCUUGCAGCCAUAACUCCUCUGCAACUCGCCCAGCCAAAGCCUGAGGCCCAGGCCAAAACACAGACUCCGGAUCAGACUCAAACCCAGACACCCACUUCAGCUACAGAUACUACGAACUAUGUAGAAAAUGUGAGUGUCUCCCUGUGGGAGGCAUACAACAUGACCGAGCAGGACACUCAGAUGCCAAGCCUACAAGAGAGGAGAGGAUCCUCAGUCAUUGCCGCCAGCUCCAUGUCAAGUCCCUCGGAUUAUGACACAGCUCCGGAUAUGAUGGAGCCUGAUGGAACUGGCCCAGCUGUACCAAGUCCAAUCACUGGAAAUAUGGAAAGUUUUGUUCUGAAGGAGGGCCAGUUUGUAGAGGUCCUGGACUAUGUUCACCCUGACCGGUGGCUGGUGAGAACCAAACCCACCAAAACCAACCCUGCUCGACAGGGAUGGGUGUGUCCAGCCUACUUGGAGAAGAAGAGGAAGGAGACCUUCCCGCAACUGAGAGCCCCUCCAGAGGAACUUGAUGGAAUUGGGUCUACAGGAGAGGAGUACAGGAGAGCUCUGAGCCAACUGAUCCAAGGCCUGAUUGAUGGAGAGGAGGAGUUUGUAAAGGAGAUAAAGAUGUUCACCUCUCAUCAGCUAAAUUAUUUGGACUCUAGCCGCCACGUCCCCAUUAACAUCCUCAACCAGAAAGAGAUCAUUUUCAGGAAUAUCAAGGACAUUGUGUUUCUGCAUGAGAGGUCCAUCCUUCCCGGGCUGAGAGAAUGUGCCACAGACGACGACGUGGCCAUGCAUCUGAUCAAACACGCUGAGGGCUUUGAGAAAUAUCUUCACUACAUGGUGGGACAAGCGCAAGCAGAGGCCUGCGUCACUGACAAGGCUGUCCAACAGUACUUCAAAGUAUUCACAAAAUCAUUACCGGAUACUGGUAAACCUGACGCACCUUUGAUGGAUGUUCUAACCUUCCUCCAGCGACCCGUGGAAAGGAUUCAAACCUACCAGGCUUUACUGAAGGAGCUGAUCAAGAACAAAGCCAAAAGUGGCCAGAGCUGCUGUCUUUUGGAGGAUACCUUCUCCAUGGUGUCCUGUCUGCCCUGGAGGUCUGACAACCUGCACCAGGUGUCCCUCAUUGAGAACUACCCAGCUCCUCUGAUCGCUCUUGGCGAGCCUGUGCGACAGGGAGUCUUCACAGUGUGGGAGGAAUCUCCAGAAAUCAAGACGGCCUCUAGAGGGCAUCAAAGACAAGUGUUUCUCUUCAAGGAAUGCAUUGUACUGUGUAAACUGAAAAGAGACACCAGUAUGAACAGUGACACCUACACCUUCAAGAACAAAAUGAAGCUGAAUGAUGUGGAAAUAAAGGAGACGGUGGGUGCAGAUGAAAAGUCUUGGGGGUUGUGGCAUGAGCACAGGGGUUCAGUGCGGAGGUACACCCUGCAGGGCCGCUCCACCAUGGUGAAGCUCUCCUGGCUCAAAGACCUGAAGGAGCUACAGCAACGUUCCAGCCUGCCCACUAACAACCCACCAGUGUUUGAGUCACUGUUGUCUGACUGCACAACAAAGAUAGGAGAGACAAUCAAACUGACCUGUAAGGUCACAGGAUCUCCAAAACCAGUGGUCAGCUGGCUCAAAGACGGCCUUCCUUUAGAGGACGACCCCCGUCACAUCAUCACAGCAGACCGGUCAGGUACCUGCAGUCUGAUCCUGGACAGUGUGACUGCAGAGGACUCUGGACAGUACGCCUGCUAUGCUACCAGCUCCAUGGGCAGUGCUGGUACUCUGGCUAAGGUUGUGGUGCGCGCUCCACCCAGAUUUGUGAGUCGGCUGGAGAGUGCUUGUCUGAUAGAAGGAGAGGAUAUACAGUUUACCUGCUCCACACUUACUACUCCUUUACCGCGAAUCAGGUGGUUGAAAGAUGGAAGAGAGUUGACUGACCAGCAAAAAUACUUCAUCCUGAAUGAUGCUCGGAGUGGAAUCUUGUGUUUGACGGUCAUCAGUUCAACCGAGGCAGAUAUUGGACAGUAUGAGUGCGAGCUUUCGAAUGAGUUUGGCUGCAUCAAGUGCAAAGCAGGGCUGUGUCCCGCUUAUGUGCCAACGAUCGACAUCGAGGAUGACCAACCACAGGACUUGCCUCCUAAAGGUAGGACAGCCAGAGCCCCUGAAGAUGCAGACUCAGAGGGUUGGUCAACUGCGUUUGUCAAGAAAUGGCUGCAGACUGAUUUCAGCCCCACCUCUAUUGCUAAGAUGCUCUUCCCUCCUGGACACCCCGAACAAGCUGAAUGUAGCACUGGAGAUGCUGUUCCUGCCUCGACCUCCAUGGAUCAGGUGGCACAGCAGCCUCUGUGUUACCUGGAGGAAGAAGAGGAGAUCUACAUCUCUGAACAAAUGCAGGAAAUUACAGAUGCUCCUCCCUCCAUCCAGGUAUCCACCGAGGACCUGUGUGUAGAGCCUGGCCAACCAGCCACAUUUACUGCCAUCAUUACAGGAAGACCAACUCCUAAUAUACAGUGGUACAAGGAUGGACAGGAGUUUGCAGCCAAUGAGAAUGUGGAGAUAUCACAGCAUGGAGCCCGCUGCUCAGUGACCAUAGUUUGCCCCGAAGGUGAGGACAGCGGCAUAUACACCUGCUUCGCCUACAAUGACUCCGGCCAUGCCUCAUGCCAGGCUGAGCUGACAGUGGAGGAAGGUCCAAUGGAGUGUCAGGAGAGAGAGGUGGAGCUGGGGAAGAGAAGGAAGUUAUUCUCCGUCUAUGACGUCCAUGAGGAAAUUGGAAGGGGAACCUUUGGGGUAGUGAAGCGUGUAGUCCACAGACGAACCGGUGAGGUGUUUGCUGCCAAGUUCCUGCCUCUGCGGAGCAGCACUCGGACCAGGUCCUUCCAGGAGAGGGACUUGCUAUCCCGUCUGGCUCACCCCAGAGUGGCCUGUCUGCUGGACUUCUUUUGUACCAGACGCACUCUGGUGCUGAUCACAGAAAUCUGCUGUUCUCAUGGACUACUGGACCAUUUAUUACUGAAAGGAUCAGUUCCAGAGAAAGAGAUCCAGUCAUACAUCCAGCAAAUCCUUGAAGGAGUUGGUCACAUUCACAGCAUGAACAUGUUGCACCUGGACAUUAAACCUGAUAAUAUCCUAAUGGUGUAUCCGCCGAGAGACGAGAUCAAGAUCUGUGACUUUGGCUUCUGCCAAGAAAUAGACACAUCCAGACACCAAUACAGCAUGUUUGGUACACCAGAGUUUGUUGCGCCGGAGAUUGUUCACCAAGAACCAGUCACUGUGGCCACUGAUAUUUGGUCUGUAGGUGUUUUAGCCUAUACAUGUUUGGUGUGCCGAUGCCCUUUCGUGGGUGAGACGGACCGUGCCACACUGCUAAAGGUGGGGGAGGGAACCCUAAACUGGGACGCCCCUGACGUCAGGAACAGGAGCCCUGAAGCCCAGAACUUUCUCCACAUGCUCCUUCAGCCAGAUCCUGAGAAGCGACCAUCUGCCUUUGAAUGCUUGAGCCACGAAUGGCUCCAGGACGAACAUGCAGGUGAAGAUACGGAUGAAAUCAACACAAAGACUUUGAAAAUCUUCAUCUCAAAAAGGAAAUGGCAGCGUUCUCUGACUUGCAUCGGGUCAGUUCUCACGUUGAGGCACAUUCCUGAGCUGCUGGACGCUCCUCUCAGAGAGACUGCAGUGACGGUGCCCCGCGAGGCCCGGGAACACAGCAGCACCUCUCCGAGCAGCGGCUCCUCUUCGGAGUACGAUGAAGCUGACUCCUUGGACUUUUUCCAGUACUGCAGCCCUACCGAGGAGGAGGAAGACACUGAGGAGGAAUUUGAUCCUUUAACGGAGAGAGCGCAGAUCCCUGAGCCCGAACUCCACCUUGAUGCAGAAGAGGAGGAAAUGACAUUAGGGGAGGAAGAGGACGGGGAGCUGCUGGGAAGGAGGAGUGUACUAGAGCGUAGUAUGAGUAGGCAGUCAGUUGCGUCCAGAGACAGUAGUCAGUCUCUCUACCUGUCUGAUGGAGAUGAGGGUUCAGGGAGUGAUGGAGGUCGUAUCCCUCGCGGCAGCGUCAUCCGAAGCACUUUCUACAGCACCUCUCAUCAGCUCUCACCCAUGUCCGCCAGACACAUGACAUUACGGGACAAAUUCCAGGCCAAAAAACAGGAGAGAGGUCGCAAGCCACUCCGGAGAAGCUUUUCAGGACGUCUCAACGAGCCUCUUAUUGAAUAUGUGGAGGAUGAGACGGAGACCAAUCGUGGCCAGAGACGGGGAUCCGUCCAGCCUACAAUGCAGAAGUCCUGUUCCUUUGACAGUGGUGUUGGCCUCGCCCACACCAACGUACCCCCUCACAGGAGGAGCAGGUCUCUUGAUGAGUAUUCUCGGCGAUCUCCCGGCUCACCCAAGCGCACAAUGUCAGGUGAGGAAGAAGGCUCUCAAAGUCUGAAGGAAGAUUUGACAGAUGAUGAAGUGGCGGGGAGAAACUUGUUAGCCAUCCCGAGCCCACGACGACCAACAAGAAGAAGAGGCUCUGUCGCUCCGACGCAAGGGGCCGGCAUGCUGGGUGGAUCAUCUGUUCCCUCAAGCCUCCUUGCUGGAAACAGAGUUAGCCCGAGGCUGGAUCAGGAGCAGGCAUUGGGCAACACCUUGGCUGGUUCACAGGGGUCUCUGGCUGAGUCGUCUAUUUUGGAGCAUGGUGGCUCUGAGUCUUCAAGUAGACUCGGCUCUUAUGAGGAGCUGAGUCAUGGUCAUCUAAGAGGGAGAUCCAGAUCAGGAGAGAGUGAAGGGUAUGAUGAUCGAGGGGAGCCUCUGAUUUCAGCAUCCCCAUGCUCAUUCCAAGAAGUUAAACCUAGGAACUUGUAUCCCCAGGCACCGCCGCGUAACCGCACCCGCUCAAACCCCAAUUUAUCCGCAAACAGCAGAGGUCAGCCGGGGACAUCGCUUCCAGCGAGCCCUAGUCCCAGCCUCUCUUCUCUGCAGGCUCCAGAGAGGCCUCCCAGAGCCAGGGACAAGAAGGAGGGAUGUGGCCUCCAAAGGCAUGCAUCCGCUCCAGCACUCGAAGCCCUAGAAGCCCGGCCACCGACAGGAAAGUCACCCAAACUGGGAUUGCUGAAGAUCUUCCGCAGGCAGUCCUGGACCGGCCAUUCAUACUCCCAGCUGGACAACACAGAGUUAGGUCCCACACUAGGAGAGAUCAUGAAGCCAGAUACUCCCACCAUGUCCCUGAGGAAGAAAAUGAGAGCUUCAGCCUCCAGCUUGACCAAGCUGUUUUCCAGGUCUUCGAGUAAGGAGGAUGUGAGUAAAGGAGGCACAAUAGUAAAGGGAUCAGCUCCCAUUCCACCUGAAAGACAGCAUAGAACUGCGCCCGAGAGUCCAAAAAAGAGGAUCUCCAAACUAUUACCUUCUUUUAAAAUACCUGCCUUCAAAAAGGCAAAAGAUCUGCUGGUCCGUCCCAACAAGGCUGAAGUGCUCCAGUUAGAUGGAGGCGGAGUCCUGCUGGUUUGGAAACCUGUCCAGUCCAGUGACCCUGUCACCUACUGUGUGCAGUACUGUACAGCAGGUGCGGAGUGGACGGUCCUGUCGGAGGAGGUGACUGAAAGCUGCUACGUGGUAAAGGAUUUACCCAGAGGAGCCUCUUAUGUGUUCAGGAUUGGUUGCAUCACCAAAACAGGAGCAGGACCUUUCAGUGACGCUUCAGCACCGGUUGUCAUGGCUACUCAUCCUGAAGAAAUUCACAUUCCUCUGAUCCAGACUGAGUCACUGGGGUCAAAGGUCCCUGGGUCAGAGCGACAGACAGCACACAGGAACUAUAAUUUCCUCUCUGAGAUCAACAGGGGGCGUUUCAGCGUAGUCAGCCUGUGUAGGGAUGCUGAGACCAGCCAAGUGUUUGUUGCCAAGAUCACCCCUUACCAGGCAGAGCAGAGACAGUUGGUGCUGAGGGAGUACCAGCUGCUGAAGAGGCUUCAUCAUCCUCACCUGGUGCAGCUGGAAACCGCCUAUUUCACCUCCUGCUACGUGGUGUUAGUGGAGGAGCUCUGUCCCGGCAAGGAGCUGCUCUACAGUCUGGCAUCGAGAGAUCUGUACGCAGAGACUCAAGUCGCUGAGUUGCUGGUUCAGAUCCUGAGUGCGGUUGACUACCUACACAGUCGUCGGGUCGUCCACCUGGACCUGAAGUCCGACAACAUGCUGGUGGAUGACUGUAACCACCUGAAGAUAGUCGACUUGGGCUCGGCUCAGUCCUUCACGCCCGGUCAGCCUCUCAACGUCGAGCACAUCCAUGGCCUAUCGGAGAGCAAAGUUUAUAUUGUCCUUCCUAAAGCUCCGGAAAUCCUGGAAGGUCAGGGUGUUGGGCCUGAAACUGACGUUUGGGCUAUUGGAUAUCUGUCUUUCAUCAUGUUGAGUGCUGACAGCCCGUUCCAUGCAGAGCACGGCUGGGAGCAAGACAGGAACAUCAAGAAAGGGAAGAUCCAGUUUGGACGCUGUUACCCCGGUCUGUCAGAGGGGGCAUUAAACUUCAUGAAGAGCAGCCUGAAUAACAAAUCCUGGGGGAGACCCACUGCGGCCGAGUGUCUCCAGAACCCAUGGCUGCGUGCCCAUCGUCCCCCACACAAAGGCCGACACUCCAAAGUGUGUUUCUCCACGGACAAGCUUAAAGAUCACCUCAAGCAGAAGGAGGAGAAACGAGACUUGGUCCGCACCAAGCUCCAAGGUCCCUUCUUCCAGUGA